AUGGAUUUUGACACUUCUCAAUAUUCCGAUGAUUUGGAUAAUUAUGUUCGAAAUAUCUAUCGAUCCUGUUCUACAACUGUCUUCAUCUCUAAUUCUUCAACAUCCCAUCCAAAACGUAUUCGUAAACGAAAACGCUUAUAUACUGAAGAAACUGAAUCAAUAAUUAAACCGAAACGAUCACACAGAAAUCCUAGCCCAAUAUUAUUAACUGACACUGAACGUGAACAACAAUUUGGUGAACGUUUAUCACCAACAAUUAAAUCCGAACAUAAUGAUGAGAUACAAAAAACAUUUAUAAUUGAGACUGAAUCUAUAUCUCAAAAACCAAUUGAAAGAGCAAGAACGAAAUUUCUUUAUUAA